AGGCAGAGAAGCUGGUGGAAUCGGCGAUGGCAGGGAACGAUGCUUCUCACGACGCCUCCCACGUCUUUAGAGUGCGAGACCUCGCUCUCUCCCUUGCUCGCGAAGAAGGCCUCUCUUCGUCUCCCCGUUCCAUGGAAAUUGUAGUUGGAGGAAACCCUCUUCCCCGCCCCACGACACUGACAUUGCCUGUUUCUAACCUUUUCUUAUGGAAGUUCUUGUUUCUUUUUUAACUUGCACAUAUUUGCAAUCUUUUUUCUAUCUCUUUUGGCAGGUAGAACUUGCUGCACUUCUCCAUGAUAUAGGGGACUACAAAUACAUCAGAGAUCCAUCAGAAGAGAAAAUUGUUGAGAAUUUUCUGGAGGCCGAGGGUGUAGAAGAGAGCAAGAGGACAGAGAUAUUGAGUAUCAUAAACAGGAUGGGUUUCAAAGAGGAAGUUGGGGGUUGUGGAGACACUAAUUAUUCUGUAGAAUUUGGGGUUGUGCAAGAUGCUGAUCGUCUUGAUGCAAUUGGUGCUAUUGGAAUUGCUCGUUGUUUCACUUUUGGCGGCAGUAGAAACAAUGCACUCCAUGACCCAAGCAUUAAGCCACGAUCAGAUUUGUCCAAGGAUCAAUACAUGAAGAAAGAAAAGCAGACUAGCGUGAAUCAUUUUCAUGAGAAGCUUCUGAAGCUGAAGGACUUAAUGAAGACAAAGGCCGGGCAGAGGAGGGCUGAGAAAAGGCACAAGUUCAUGGAGGACUUCCUCAAAGAGCUGUAUGAAGAAUGGGAUGGCCGGGCCUGAAUGUAACAGUGCAUGUGGCACGCAAUGGCUCGUUCCUCGCCCUAGCAACUUUAUGUUAGAGAAAGGCGCGAGAGGGUAGUUUGUGACGAAACCUAAGAUCCGGCAGUGAACAUUUUUGCGCAGGGCUGAGCCUUGUGAUUCUCAUAUUCGGACUAAAUGUUAGCUGAAGUUGUUGUACAAGUGCCAGCUUAGUGUGUGCCUUAAUUUGGUGCUUCAGUUGUUUCACGCUUUCUAACUGCUUUGGUUUCUCUAUUCUUGUUUUUUGGGGGGGGCAUAUUGGUGUGUUGGUUGGCCAACUGUUUCAUGCUCUGUCAAUGAAGUGUGUCGAUUUCCUCUCCUAUUUUACUUCCAUGUUUCAAAGCCCACUCUUUUAGUGUGAAUCCUCUCUCUCUCUCUCAAUGGCAAACUUUUGUAUACAAAAAGUGGGGUCCA